AUGCAGAAAAAGGGGCCCUUCCAGGCAAAUACACUCAACAAAGGCAAGAACCUCUACUUCAACGUAAUAGCUACUGACACCAACAGAACAAUGACUGUAGAAGGAGGUGGUGUGAACGCCACUGUUAUCCAACCCGAUUUGGCCGCCACCAAUGGUAUCAUCCACAUCAUCGACAGAGUUCUAGGGGUACCUUACAGUACCGUGUAUGACAAGCUAAGAACAGAUCCAAUGCUUAGGGACACAUUCAACUUGGGCAACCUUCAAGCAUUCAACCAGCAGCUGAACGAUACCGACAAGAGAUUUACAUAUUUUGUUCCAAGAAACAAGGCUUGGUAUGAUGCCAAAGUUGCUUUACCGUCCGCUAUUAAGAAGCUCUUCAUGAGGGAAUACGCCUACCAUGCCACCGCAACCCUAGAACGCCACUUGGUAAUCUCAGCUGAAUCGUACUCCAUGGAAAGGAUCAAACAAUUAUCCAACGACACCAAUACGUUCGGUACUUUCGGUCAACAACGAGAAGUAGAACUUCCCACCGCUAGAGGGUCCUUGAAGCUUUACGUUGAAGAGAGACAGGACAAUACCUUCAUCAUUGUAUGGAAGGGCGAGAAAAUCCCAGUUUUCCGACCAAACGUCGAAUGCACCAACGGCAUCAUCCACGUCAUAGACGCCCCGUUUUUGAAGGAGAGCGACAUCCAAGUGAGCGGCGCCGGCUUCGUCGCAUCCCAGAUAGCCAUGACUGUCAUUUCCAUACUGAUCCUGGUUUAAGCGGCAUGUUAGCCAGGGAUUAGUUGUAAGUUUUGCGUCGUACAGGGUUUUUGUAAAGAGUUGUUGGGAGAAUGUGGUUGAGACGUUUUUAUGAAACGAGUUAUAGUUUGUAAUAACAUUGGACGUUGUCGAAAAUACUGGGUGAGUUAGGUAAAAACAUGGAUGAG